AUGGCUCCGACAUACACUCACCCCGCUGCCGCCAACUAUCACAGUCCCCCGAGCCAUGCGCCUUCCAAACCACGCGGCGCUAGAGUCUGCGACCAGUGUGGCACAUUUGAGCAACCAUCUACCGGCAGAUUCAGACUCUGUGGUGGAUGCAUGGUUACCCAGUACUGUUCUCAAGAAUGCCAAAAGGCGCACUGGCCUUCCCAUAAGACUAUCUGUCAGCAUACUGCCUCGACAGUUGCGGCGGUAAAAGAGCCUGGAGCUCAUGACGAUAACCUCGCCAAGAACCUCAGAAGGUUUUGCUCCUCAUACGCUGAGCUCCUUGGCUGGGCGGGCUUCCAGGCGCUGCAGUUGAAACGCCUCCCAUCCAACCUCCGUCACAAAGCCUUGAUGAUUGAGAUCGAGUACCACCAGUCGGCUUCGGAUCCUCUUCGUCGAUUCUCUGUCAAGGGCACCCAAAUUAUCCCCCGAUCAUAUGUUGCCGACAACGAUCCCGUCGUUGGCUCAGAUAUAUUACGCCGCGAAGAGCGCUGUCGCAAGAUGGGUGGCAUCGGGACCGCCGUCAUUGUUAUCCAAUGCAGCGAUGUCAACCAGGUGAUGCCCGUCGAGGUUGAUGCGCCCAGCAAAAUCUCGUGGGACACCCGCGAUGAUUGGGCGGAUGUACUACGGCACUUCGUUGAGUCUGGGCGGACAGACUUUAAGCCAAUAUCAACAACACCACGGGGGAUUGUGUACGGAUAA